CUUAUGUACUUGUUCUUCCCGAACUUGAUCUCCCCAACCCACUUAUCCUGUUAUCCCCCGAACAGCAGCUUACCCUUUUUUUCUUCUUAUGAAGUCACCGGGCAGGAUUCCCAGGAGAGGAAACGCAGAAGCAAAGGCAACACGAAACAGAGACGAAGCAAGGCAAAGCAAGUAAUUUAAUUCCGCUUGCAGGACCGCCAUCACCAAUUCAGCAUCGCCACCCGGGCCAAACAACACACCACAACAAUAUCAAUACCCCCCGCGCUGCACUGCGUUGUGCAUCCAAUCCCCAGUCCCAGUCCCCCCGUCAAACUCCUCCUAUUGUUUGGCUUCGUUUGUUCCCUCUGGUCUUGCUUGAUUCUGAAAGUCCAAGACCCUAUCUAUCUAUCUCUUGAGUUGAGCCAGACCUGCACGGCACAGCCACUGCAUUGCACUGCACAGCACAUCUAUUCUGAUUCUUCUCCCCUUCUCAUUUUCCCUGCACACACACCCUGUGACUUGAUACCUGUUCUGUUUCUGUCUACCUAGUCAGUCUCCUCCACCUGCUCGCUCGGCCCAUCACAAAAAAGAUCCCGUCCCUAAUAGCAGCAAAGCAGCCCGCCGUCCCCUCUAAGGCCUUUUUUUAGCUCCAAAGGGCCCCCCAACCCAACUGCCCUCAGUUGACAGGCUGCUUCCUGCUUGCCGCUGGAUCAUGGACGGCCCCGGAUAUACCUCUGCGUCAUCUGCUUCUGCUCAUACCGCAACUUCACAUCGUCGCAAGCUCAUCAAGAAACCUCCCACUUACGCAUACGCCCGCUCCUCCUCUGGCUUCGAUGGUGGUGCCUUCGACGCCCAGUCCCUUGAGAGCAAACGCAGUUCCCAGAGUCUGAGAAGAGCCCCCAGUGCUCCCCCAGCCCGCUCAAACCCCGCGACCGUGUCCGACUGGCAAGACUCUGAUCGAUCUCAUCCUCAAUUAUCCGCCAACAGCAACACUCUUAGACCUGUCCCAUCGCCCAUCUCACCCCAGGGCGACUUCACCCCCGCUAAUCACUGGGCGCCCGUCCCCCGUCAUCCCGACCGUCUCUCCGAUUCUCACCUCCGCCCUCUCAGUAAGACAGCGGUGCCUGACGACCUAAUCGGCGCUCCUUUUGACGGCGCUGCUAUUCUGAACCGCAUCGAAUCAAUAAAGAUCCCUAGUCCGAAGGCUGCUGCCCCUCAUCAAUUCCCGCCCCAAAUCGUCAAGGCGCCUACCGACUCUAGGCUUGCUAGCCCUGCCCUACGAACUUCGACCAGCUUCUCAGCGAUGGACUCGUCUUUGAACGAGAAGAGCCUAGGCCCAAGGGCUCCAACUGAUGGGCCUUCGGUCAACCCCAAGAGAUAUUCCGACGAUGGCAAGGACCUCAAGCCGGCCGUUCUACGAAAGAAGUCAGGAUUUUCCGGUUUCAUGAACAGUUUGGUCGGAUCACCCAAGAAGCCCGUUAUCUCUGCACCCGAGAACCCCGUUCACGUUACUCAUGUCGGCUAUGAUAGUUCCACAGGCCAGUUCACAGGUUUGCCUAAAGAAUGGCAGCGGCUUAUCAACGAAAGCGGGAUUCCUGAAAAGGAAAGGCGAGAAAACCCGCAAACUAUGGUUGAUAUCUUGCAGUUCUACAAAGAGACCACGGAGAGGCCCCCAGAGGAUCAGGUCCUUGAGAAAUUUCAUCAUGCUGGUCAGUAUGCCACCUCUCCGGCAGCUGCAGCAUCACCGGGCAUGUACCCGUCAAACUAUAUGGGAAGUUUUGAGAAUCCCCGAGCACCACCGCCUGUUCCCCGAGGCCAGGUUGGUAAGGACCUAAUGCCCAGUCGCCCAGCCCCGAAACCGCCCGUCAGCAUGAGCAAUCGACAUAUGCCUCAAGGCGCAUACUCGACCAAAGACUCAGGCAUCGGUAUGUCUCAGUCCGGCGACGAAUCCUACGGCAUGUCAAAGGACGCUGGCCCUAUGCUCCCCGAAGAGCACCGAUCGAGAUCCAAUUCGCGCGUCACUGGACCUACAUACGCCCCGACUGCACCGCAACCCAACCCACAGCUCGCCCAAGCGCAAGCCGCCGCUUAUCAACAACAACUUAUGCAACAGCAGCAGGAACAAGCCAUGGCUCAGGCCCAAGCUGCCAUGUCUGGCGGCAUCGGCCGUGCUCCUAGUAAACGAACUCCUCAUCCCCAGAACCCGAACAUGCAAGCAGCUGCUGGGUACGGCCGCGCCCCGGAGUCUAACGGUGUACACAACGCACCUCGUCAACAGGCUCCUGGAGCAGCCGUGCCUGGGGCUAGGCCACGACACCGGGCUCGUCAGAGCGCAGGCCUUGACAUCGUUGCGGCCCUUAAGCGCAUCUGUAGCGAAGGCGACCCUCGAGACAUAUACCGAGGAUUCAACAAGAUCGGCCAGGGUGCAUCUGGAGGUGUUUUCACUGGUCACGAGCGUGGCACGAACAGAUUGGUGGCUAUCAAGCAGAUGAAUCUCGAACAGCAACCUAAGAAGGACCUGAUUAUCAACGAGAUUCUUGUCAUGAAGGAUAGUUCACAUCCCAACAUCGUCAACUUCAUCGACAGUUAUCUUUGUGGUGGCGAGCUAUGGGUCGUCAUGGAGUUUAUGGAGGGAGGCAGCCUUACGGAUGUUGUCACCUUCAAUAUCAUGUCUGAGGGGCAAAUCGCUUCCGUGUGUCGUGAGACCCUUCUUGGUCUGCAACAUCUGCAUUCCAAGGGAGUCAUUCACCGAGACAUCAAGUCGGACAACAUCUUGCUAUCCCUGGAGGGCAAGAUCAAGCUGACCGAUUUUGGAUUCUGUGCGACCAUCAACGAAGCCCAGAACAAACGGACAACCAUGGUGGGUACACCCUACUGGAUGGCGCCCGAAGUCGUUACUAGGAAAGAGUACGGGCGCAAGGUUGACAUUUGGUCUCUGGGUAUCAUGGCUAUCGAAAUGAUAGAAGGCGAGCCACCAUACCUGACGGAAUCUCCGUUGCGUGCUCUGUGGUUGAUUGCAACCAACGGAACUCCUCACAUUAAGAAUGAACAGGAUCUUUCUCCUGUGUUCAAGGACUUCCUCUACUUUGCACUCAAGGUGGAUCCGGAGAAGCGAGCCAGUGCUCAUGACCUGCUGAGGCAUGAAUUCAUGAAGCAGUGUGUUGACCUAGGUCAGCUAUCGCCAUUGGUACGAGCCGCUCGAGAACAGAGGGCGCAAGAAAAGGCUCGCAAGGGGCAGUAGGUAAACCCCGGGAGAAGAGUUCCUCCUGCAGAUCCCCCAGUGAGAAAAGAGAGACUUCGCCGACUAUUGCCGGCGUUUCUCAGACGAUGAUCGAUGUAUCUCCAAGUCGAUACAGUGGUCUCGAUUGACGACGUCCCCACGGGCACAAUCCGUCCUUGGGUCACGAUUCUGCAUACCCAACUAUCUAAUGACCAUUUUCUUCCACAAAUUAUUCAACUGUCAUAGCAGGCCUUGCAUCUUGAAGUUGGAAUUGAUACGAUACCGCGUCAAGGGGUGACUCGGAUUAUGUUAUGCGCAUGAGGUCGCGAGUUCGACACAUUGCACCAAAAGAAAAACCCAAAAGGUGCCAGCAGGCGGACACCAAGAUGACGCCUGGCAGCACAUAGAUAUGACACGCUGGAUAUACCCCUGCAUACGAAUUGUUCUUGCACAUCGAGUUCGCGCUCGAGGCUGGGCCUGUCACGAUACUAGACCUAGCCAUGUCUCCUCACCAGCUUUGAAUCAUAAAAAAAAAUAGUUUGCUUCCGUACAUUGGUGCCCAGGCUUUUUGAGAUGUGUCUGUGGUGAUGAUACGAAAUGGGAUUUUUUUGUAUUCGGGUGUCAGUCUGAGUGACUAUGUUUGACAGACCUAACGCUCAAAGCCAAUCAAUCUCACCAAACAAACGAAGCCAAUACUUAACUAAACAUUCUAACGCAAAGACGAUAAGACAAAACAACAAAAUCAUUAGAUCAGCCUGCGACGACUAUACUUUGUUUCUUCAAUGGUGUCCGUCCUACAAUAACUUGCUCUUCUGGAACAUGAGGCUGCCUUGCUCCCAUUGUUGGUAGAAGGGGCUGAUAUGCUUCUGGACUCUCGAACAACCUUGGCCCUCUCUGACAGCGGCGUGGCCUUCCAUGCCUGUGGGUAGCCCAUUACCAAGCACAGCAACAGUGCCAAGGGAGGCAGGUCGAGCUUGGUGUUUGAGCUUGUCGUGGGAAUGUGACGAGAAUGGUGAGGAGAAGUGUAUUGAGUUGCGUACGGAGGCUGCUGCUGCACGGGCUGGGAGGAGGGUUUUCCUGAUGAGUCGGUUGCGCAAGGACCUAGCGGCGCGGACCAGCGAGAUGGAGGGAGUGCAGAGUAGUUGCAUAUUCGGAAAAUGAUGUCGAGCCCUUUCUCGAGGUGUUGAUAUGAAGGAUGAGCUGUUUAUCUGAAAGUGCACUUGAUUUUGGAAUGUUGAGUAGACCGUGGAAAAGAUAUCAUAAGCGAGUAUGUGUUUUCGGUCUUUUUAUAAGGAGGAGAGAAUAAUAGGAAGAGAAGUUAUAGACAGAAGACGAUUAAAAUGGCUUUAGUUAGUCCUUCCGAGUCAUUGCAUGAGUUGGCCGUGCUCCCCUCUGAAACGCCCUUCCAUCAUGAGCCGGAAGACGAUGCGGUCUGCCGGUGGCACCUUGGGGUCCUCUUUGACAUGUAGGUGUAUGUGUCUUGCACGAGAUCCUUGGAACGUGGAGGAACUUGGUUCGUUGGAUCUGUAGUGUCGGUUUCGCAUGAGUCGUUGUGUAUCGAAAGGUUCAGCUCGUUACUUGACUGUUUAGUAGUCUUGAGUAGAUGUGUUCAACGUUCAC